GUUUCCGUCAACACCUCCUUACUGCGACCGUGCGAAAGAGCAUCAAUACCCCCAAACACUGACGAAAUUCUUCUUUUUACACUGUCAAAAAAGAUUUAAAGUCGCUUGGAAGAAGCGGGGAUGGCGGAGAAGCGCAAACUGCCUGCACGCGAGCGUCGCGAACCCGCAGCAAAGCGACGAGUCUCCGAAGCUACUCCGCAAACCCAUUCAUCCAGAAGGAAAACUGCAACGCCUGUUGUCGUACCGUCACCAGUACCAGAGCCAGAACGUCAGCCUACACCAGAGCCUGUUGAAGAACCGCUUCCUACUAAAAUUAAAGAUGGCGAAGCCCUUCCAACGAGGGUGAAACCUCAACCAUCCAAUCUUUCAGACAAGGAAUACCAAUCUAUCGCGGAAAGCGCCGUACUGCUCGUUUCCUUGGAACGCUCCAAGAAGAAGUGGCUUAGUGAUGGAAUCUUCGAGCGAUACUGGACAAAACCAAAGAAGACUAAGAGGGAACAGGUCGAGGGCAAAAACCCACCAAAGGACUCGAUGACAAAAGUAGGAUCUUGCAAAAUCAUCAUAGAGCCUCAUCACUUUGAUGGAAUGAUCUACACUGUCAAAGAUCCGAAUGCGAAGCCUCCUGUCCAGAUUCCCCCUCCGCAACGCCAUAUUGUCCAAUACGGGCCUCCACCUCCGCAUGGCUAUCAGUACCAGCACUACGCGCCUCCAAAUCAAAUGAGACCACACUACGGCUACCCUCCGCCUCCUCAUCCACAGCAAAUUCCUCACCCUCAACCUAGAACACCGCAACCUCCACCAGCGCCGCGGCAACCUCCCUCGCCGGCACAGGCGCAGGCACCUCCACCACAGCCUGCAAAGCCAAGCCCGGACCCUGUCAUCCAGAUGCUCGCGACUAGAGCCGCUGCGAACCCAGAACUGAAGGCAUUGAUGAGAGUAGUGGCUUCAAGCAAGGCUUCGCAGGAACAGCUGCGUACUUUCCAGGCCCACAUUGACGAGCUCAAUGCGAUCAUUCGACAAAGAGAAGAGCAGCAGAGAAAACAGCAGCAAAACCCACCGCCGCCACCACCACAUCCUCAAAAUCAGAAUCAACAGGAGCAGAAACCUUCCGCCUCGCAGACUCAAAGUCCACAACCACCUCUAACCCAACCAACACAGCCUGCAUCGCAGUCGCCAUCGCAACCGGCUGCGCCACCUACAGUUCAGAGUCCUUCGACACCGGCACCAGCGAUAACGACGAUAUCGGCACCAGGAUUAGAUCAACUUCAAAAGCAACCACAUCAGCCACCCCAAUCACCAACGUCAGCCAAAGACAAUGAAACAGCAAAUUCCCCCGCACAGCCUGCUCCUGCUGCCAAUCAAACAGCGACGCCGAACCCAGAACGGCCUCCUUCGAAUACCACACAAGUCAAAGUCGAGCAUGGAUUGAACGCGCCUAGUCCAGCACCCGCUACUUCAACGGAGAUACCAUUGUCAAAAGCUCCGCCACCUAAUUCUUCCGCAAAUCCGACCAUAGCUUCUACGCUAACUCCUCAAAACGCCCCAAAUGCUUCUGUUGCUCCACGACCUCUUCCACCAAAUCCAUCACCGCAAGCUAGUCCCCCUUACACUGUCGGCCCGCCACAAUAUCAACAGUAUCCUCCUACUCCUUAUCAACAAACACCGCCUCCAAUCAAGGCUCGUAAUACACCUCAAUAUGGCCCACCGGGUGCUUAUUAUCAGUCUGCCCCAGUCCAGCCACCUCCCAAGGCUCCUAUCAAAGCGGUAGUCUUCGAAUUUACAUCCCCAUUGACGCCAUACGGAAGUAGUACUUCUGGGCAUGCGGGCUCGGGAGACCGCUAUCUAUUCCCUGAAAACACUAUUCUAGAAUACCAGGCAGGAGGAACUGUACUCCUCGCUUCCUUCCUACUUGUUCGCAAAGUCGAUGCAAACACAAAAUUUCCACUCGAAUCACCUUCCGAACUUGCGCCGAAGAGCAAAACCAAGUCCUCAAAAUCGAAAAAGAAGGACAAGGAAAAGCUCGACAGCAGUGGACCAUCAACACCUGCCCCUGAAAAGGACGCUCAAAUGGACAAGGAGAAAGACUCUAGCACAACCAACAAAGAAACCCCAUCAACCGAUCCCAAAACCACAGGAAGCACUAGCGAAAAGACCAAAGAAGAAACCCCAAAUUUUAAGGAAUACUAUCAACCCCUCACCAUGCGUUUCUACAGCAGUAAACCUGCGACUCUCGAGCCGCUAUCUCGAAUCGUGAAACCCGUCGCCGAAGUGCAGAAGUAUAUGGAAGAAGUCAUGGACCGUGCGGAGCGCGCGCCAACUGGGUUCUUAGCUUUCCAUUUACCCAGAGAGACGAGCACGGCAAGUGUCGAUGAGUCGACGACGUCUUCUGCUGCGCCGGACGAUAUGAAAGUGAAAAUGACGGGGCAGAAUGGAGUGGGCAGUGAGGUUGAGGAAGCUGAUAAUGUUUUGGUGAAUGAGGUGGAAAUAGAUGAGUUUGAGGAUCAGUUGAAGGACUUUUAUGAUCCUCCUAGCGGACUCAUGCCUAUUCGGGCUUGAUUUGUGUAACUAUAAUGUCUCGAUAAUAAGGGAAAGAAUGGU